CCGCCUCUCCUCCUGGAGCUCUGAUAAAAGACGAGGAGGAAGAGCGGCGUGAGGACGGAGUCACCCUGCGCGAGCCUCCGAUGGCAUUCGCUCUUUUAUCCAUCCUGAUUGCUGCCAUCCCUGUGACCUACUGCUAUCCUGCUGCCUUCCAAGACCUGAAGGGAAGCAGCAGAAACAGGACGUCUAUUAAGUUUCUGGCUGUUGGCGACUGGGGGGGAGUGCCUUAUCCUCCAUACGUCACCGCCGUGCAGAAGACUACGGCUAAAGAAAUGAGUAAAGUAGCAGAGCAGAUGGGAGCUGAUUUUAUUCUGGCCCUCGGCGAUAACUUCUACUUCAAAGGCGUCAACAGUGUGGAUUCUCCUCGGUUCCAGGAAACUUUUGAGACCGUGUAUACUGCAAAGUCCCUCAGAGUGCCUUGGUACAUUCUUGCUGGUAACCAUGACCACUUGGGGAAUGUCCAAGCUCAGAUUGACUACACACAAAAAUCUGACAGAUGGAAGUUCCCCUCUUACUAUUACGAGCUGAACUUCCACAUCCCCAACACGGGGAAGACGCUGACCAUCAUCAUGCUGGACACGGUCAUGCUGUGCGGGAACUCCGACGACUACAAGGACGAGCAGCCCCGGGGGCCUCUGCGGGCGGUGGACGCCAACCGGCAGCUGACCUGGCUGCAGGACCGGCUGGCCCGCUCCAAGGCCGACUUCCUGCUGGUGGCCGGCCACUACCCGGUGUGGUCGGUGUCCGAGCACGGCCCCACGGAGUGCCUGCUGCAGAGGCUCCACCCGCUGCUCCUCAAGCACAACGUCACGGCCUACCUCUGCGGCCACGACCACAACCUGCAGUAUCUCGAGGAGUCCGGCGUGGGCUACGUGGUGAGCGGCGCCGGGAACUUCCUGGACGCCGACGUCCGGCACUGGAACCACGUCCCCAAAGGCUCCCUGAAGUUCUUCACCGGCCAGGCCUCAACGCUGGGAGGCUUUGUCCACGCAGAGGUGGAGAAGGACAAGAUGACCGUCACCUUCUUUCAGGCCAAAGGCACUUCGCUGUACCGCACCGUCCUCUCCCAGAGGAACGGUCACUAGACCGGCCGCACGCCACAUCAACCUGCAAAGGGUUUCGAAGAACCAAAAGUGAUCCUGCUUUUUAAAACGUGAAUAAGAUUUCAUUGCUUUUGACAAUUUUUAAAAAAUCUACUUUUACGUGUGACUUUAUUGUAUGUCAAAAUAAAUGCUUUUUUGUAAGUAAUGAGUCUUGUUUGGUCGGACUCGGUUUACAAGUUGA